AUGCCACCUGUUCCUGUGGCUUCCCUUCCAGCCCUGCAGCAGUGCCUCAUGUCCUACACAAAUCACUCCAGUCCUUUGUCCUUCAUCCUGACAGGCAUCCCUGGGCUGGAGGAUGCUCAGUUCUGGAUUGCCUUCCCAUUCUGCACCAUGUACUUCAUGGCAGUGCUGGGGAACAUCACACUCCUCCUAGUGAAUAGAAUGGACCCAAGCCUGCACUUGCCCAUGUUUUACUUCCUCUCCAUGCUGGCUGCCAUUGACCUUGUGCUCACCACUUCCACCGUGCCCAAACUCCCAAGCGUCUUCUGGUUCCAAUCCCAUGAGAUCGUCUUUGAGGGUUGUGUGGCCCAGACGAUCUUCAUCUAUGGCCUCUACACGGUGGAGUCGGGGGUCCUGCUCACCAUGGCCUUCAACCGAUACUUGGCUGUCUGCAAGCCCCUGCACUACUCCACCAUCCUGAUUGGCCCCACCAUUGCCAAGCUGGGUUUGGCUGCUGUGGUGAAUGGCAUGGCCAUCAUCACCCCUCUGAUGUACAUGGUGACCAGCCUGUCCUACUGCGGCAUCUGUGUCAUGCACCAUUCCUACUGCAAGCACGUGUCAGUGGUGAAGCUGGCCUGUUAGGACACCUGGCCCAACAGCACCUACAGCAUCACGGCUGCCACCACCAUGGUGGGCUUAGACUCCAUCCUCAUCGCUGUCUCCUAUGUGCUGAUCCUGAGGGAGGUCAUAGGCCUCUCCUCCAGAGAGGCUCGUCUGAAGACCUAUGGCACUUGUGGCUCCCACGUCGGUGUCAUCCUGCCCUUCUACACGCCUGGGCUCUUCUCCUUCUACAGUCAGUGCUGGGGACAGAGGAUCCCUGCACAUCUCCACAUCCUGAGAGCUGACCUCUACCUGCUGGUCCCUCCCAUGCUCAACCCACUCAUCUACAGGAUAAGGACCAAGCCGGUCCAGGAGCAGGUGCUGAGCCUGUUCUGUCAGAAAGGGAUCCAGCCCAGGUCCUGA